GGUCACUCCUUGCAGAGAUGGACUACUUGCUUGUUGACUAGAAGUGCCUACUGAAGUUUGCUGGCGGACAGAGUCUAAUCUGGGUUCAAUCUACACUUCACAUCCUCUAUCCCGUGGGAGAUUAGGUGCGAUCAUCAGCAUCACGCACGACCAAACUCACUUGAUGUGCCCUGAACCAUCACGAUCCACGAACCUACCGUGAACUGCAGUGCCAGUGGCAGACCCCCGCGUCCUUAAUCUCAAAGAUUCAAUAAAAUCCCCCGCAUCAAUCGCCGGGAGCAACUGUUACUAUCGCCCCGACGACGAGAACAACAUCACCACGGUUCACGCCGCUAUAAAUUGACAACACAAGCAUCAUGACAAACUCAAUCCUCAACUCAUCCCUCAUGCAGCGUCCACGCAAGAUGAAGUGUCUAUCUUCCAUUUUCCUACCCUGCUUGCAGGCACGAAAGCUCCACCGUCAGCGACGGCAGGAUUACCAUGCCUCUUGGACAUGUGCAGGUAUCUCAGAACUUGCGCAGCCUACUGAGCCCUUCCCCGCCUACGAGCCCGAGAAGCAUCACCACGAGACAACAGAAUUAUCAGCUCUACCAGACCAGCCUCAAGAUGCUGUCACCAAGACCCCACAGAUGACACCGUCCAUCCGUCUUGUCAAUCCUGCGGACUCGGAGUGCUCAACCCUGGACGACCCGGAUGAGAAGCAGCCGCAAAGCGUCCAAGAUGAUACCGCUACGAAGCAGACCGGGACGCUCUCGGACGAUGACACUGACGUCGAUUCCAACUCUGAAAAGACCUCCCGUGUCAUUGACAUGAAGGUUGGCCCUCAGAAUGAAGAACUUCUCCCUCCCAAAGCCCAUCUGUCGCCUAAGAGCAAAGACGACAUUGAUCUUGAGCUGUCUAGCCGCCGCAUUCCCCGCAGCCCAGACAAAAAGCCUCGUCCUGCUAGCAUGGAUGUGCCUCCUAGCGCAGCAGCCAAACUGCCAGAGAUCAAGAGCCGUAUCAUUGAGGAUAUUCCCGAGGAUGUUGAAGAAGAGGACAAGCAGGAUGCAAACAUCAACCACGCUGCAGCUGCAGUGACAGACGAGAAAGUAAAGACAGAGGAAGAGCACGAUUCCGAGACUGCCACCACCAAGCCUACCAAGCGCACCUCAACCUGGCGUCUCAGCCAGCGCAAAUCGAUGAACGAGCUCUUCAACCUUCUCCAAUCCACCGCCGCAGCUGUCGCCGCCGCGCCCAAACUAUCUAACCUCAAAUUCGCCAUUCCUCCCAAAUCCCCUCUUUGCGCAUCUCCUACGAACGAGUCACCACACCAUUCAUACGUCUCAUCCGUCUCCUCCACGUCCAUCCGCCCACCCACCCCUCCUCCCAAAUCCCCCGUCCUCAGACCCAACAGCAGACCCCUCCCCGACCCAGCCCAGCUCUCAUCAUCCGCGCCACCCGUUUCAGGAACCAGCUUGGGAAGCCUCAGCUCAAGUCCUACGAAGAAGCAACGCCGAAUGGGCACUGCUGUCUUCCCUCUCCUGCCGUGCAAAUGGGCCGGUAUUCACGACGGUGACUCGGAGGAGAAGCACAGCAACGAUACUAACCGCAACAGCCAGACUCUUUUUCAGUAGCGACGGAGUUAGGUGUACCGGUUCAAGGCUUGUAUUUUGUUGGUGUGUAUGGUCCAUAUCGGAGGGUUUCGUGGGUGUUUUAAGGUCUGUUUUUGAUGCGGUGAUUGUGACUGAUUUGACUUGGGUUGACUGUUUCUUUUGAUUGGGAUACUUUCUUUUCUUUUGUAUUUUCUUUAUUUUUCUCUCUCGACCUUCUCUUUUCUUGUCUUCUUGUGUCUUUACUUUUCUGAUUCUGAAGAAGGGUCGAUGACUUAAUCCCAUCGGAUGCCACUAUCUACGCUGUCUGAAAAGCAAUUGAGGUAGGAGGAUCCGAUGGGAGUGGGUUUGUGUAUCACUACUAGCCAGAUCGGCCUGGUCACUUUCUCUCUUUCUUCUUACUUACUUUCUUUCUUUGUCUUUUUCUCAGGAUGAUACGAUACGAGGAG